AUGGAUAAUCGAUUUGUAUCUCAGGGAUCUCAGCAAAGUCAGGGUCAACAACAGAUCCCACAAGGAGAAGCUAGAUCACCAGGAAUGUCAGGAAAUUAUCAACAAUUUCAAUCUCAGCAACAAUAUCAAAUAUCACAACAAAUGGCCCAACGAAUGGCUCAACAACAGCAACAACAGCAAAUGAUGGCUCAGCAACAGAUGAUGACUCAACAACAGCAACAACAGCAGCAGCCGUUUCCGCAACAACAACAAACAAUACCUUUACAACAACAACAAAUACCACCAAAUAGAAUACCAAAUAAUGGUAAUGGAAUGAAUUUCUCAAAUAAUGAAAGACCUUCAACUGGAACAAAUAAUGGUCAAUCAAAUACUAUACCUGCGCAUAUAGAACAACUACAAAAUCAGAAAAAAAUAUUGAAUACUUAUAUUCAAGAUUUUUUACUAAAAUCAAAUCUAAGAAAUUCUGCAGAUUCAUUUAGUAAAGAAGCUGAAAUGGAUCCUAAAGGUCGUUUAUCAACAAAUGAUCGCGAUUCUUCAACAUCUCCUGAAAUGAAUAAUACCCAAUUUAAACCCUUAUAUGAUACAAGACAAGGCUUUUUAUAUGAAUGGUGGCAAUUAUUUUGGGAUUUAUUUAAUAUUAAAUCAAAUAGAGAUGGGUCAGAGAUUGCACAAAUAUAUUAUCAGAUUAUUAAUAGUCAACGACAAGUUGAACAAAUUCAAAGAAAUAUUGCUAUUCAAGCUGCAAAGACUCAAUAUAUUGCUGAACGAAGAGGUGAAUAUCGUAAUGAAACUUUAGAACCAAUGGAAUUGGCACAAUUGUUAUCUAGACAACCUAUUUUAACAAAUGGAAUGUCUUAUCCACAAUUUACAAAUCAAUCUGUUUCCAACGCUCAAUAUAUGAUGCAACAACAACAGCAUCAAGGCCAACUAAAUGGUCAUGUUCCAAAUAGUUAUAUUCAAUCACGAACACCACAAUCAAUGAAACCCCAAAUGCAUGGUUCGGCUACGAGCGUAAAUUCAUUGAAUAACAAUGAAUCUCCAAAUACUAGUAUUAGCAGUGCACAACAAAAGAAACAAUUAUUACAACAACAGCAACAAAUACAGCAACAACAAUUAUUACUUCAACAACAACAAAUUGCACAACAAAGACAUCAAAGUCAACAACCGUCAUUUAAUGCAAGACAUUCCACUCAACCUAAUCAAUAUUCAGCUCAACAAGGUUACGAUUUGUCAAUGGGAACACAAGCAAACGCUGUAUAUGGUGUUCAACUCAUGAAUAACAGUAGUAACAGUAGUAAUAAUAUGGAAAUGAUACAACAAAUGGGUCAAAUUGAUACUAAUCAACAAAACAGUAUCGGUUCUGAUAAUAAUAAAAAGUCAAAUGAUACAAUGCAAAAAGGGAGAAAAAAUAAAAACAAACAGGAUAUGGCUUCUCUAGACACCAAUAAACAAUCAUUGAGUAAUCAACCUACACCUGGUUACAUAAAUCAUUACUCUAAUGACAAUAGAACUAACCAAAUGUCGAAUGAAGGCAACAAUGCAACCUUUGUGAAAAAUACAGGUCAUACUAAGAGGAAACCGACUUCAACUAAGGAGAAGGCGAAAUCAACCAGACAACCUGCUAAAAAGAAACGUUCCACCAACCCAAAUACAAAUAAUAAUAAUACCCAAUCUGGAACAAGUGUAGUGAGUACUCCUGUAGAGUCUAAAGGUACACCUAAUUUCACUUUUGCAGAUAAUAAAAAUCUCCAUAGCAAUACACCUGGUACAAUGAAAAAGAUUGGGAAAAGAAGUCAAUCUACUACUCAACUUAUAUCAGGUUUAUCUAACCCUAAUUCACCACGAACGAUUGUUGGUCAUGCAUCUACUUCAACUGAACCUUCAAUGAAUAAAAAAGACAUGUUACCUCCAAAUGGAGUUUCUCCACACGUUAUAUAUUCUCCACAAUAUAAAGUUAUGACUACACAAAACUUGAGUGGGAAGAAUCAAAGUUUUGAUUCAAAUGUUCAAGAAAAGCCACAAAUAACAAAUAAUCAAGGGCAAAUUAGAAGAAAAUCUACAACUUCAUUGAAUAAUAAGGCAGGUCUUACAUCAUCCUCUAGUACAACUAAUAACAAUAUAACGUGGGAACAAUCUGUUCCAGCAUCCAAAAAUGUUAGAAACGCUAAAUUUUCAACAUCUGAACCUGUUACACCUAUUUAUUCGACUACUGUUCCAGCUAGUGGAAAUUCUACUAAGCAACAAAAUUCUUUAUUAUCUACGGUAGAUGAACAUGCUGCAUAUGACAAUUCACAGGGAAACAAUUCAAACAAAAGUGAUAAUAGUAAAAUAAAAUUUGAGAAAUCUCAAUCAACCACUACAAAGAAUACCAAAAAGAAAACUCAGAGAGCUAGUAAGAAUAUAAAACAAGGGGAUGCUGGUCAUCGCACAAAUGUAAAUAUGUCUCCAAUGAAAGGUGAUAAUGAUCCAUCUAUAGGCGGUAAAAUAUCUAACACUGAAGAGAGUAAUGAACAAAUAAACGAAAAGUCUAAUAAUAACAAAAAUAUUGAUAGCAGUAAUACAAAUAAUCAAAAUAAUAAUUACAAUGUAGAUGAUGCUGCUUCCAAUUAUAUGUUUGGAAAUGAUAUACAGGAUGAUGAUAUGUUGUUCAUGAAUACAAUAAUGGAUAAUGAUAAAGAUCAUUUUGGUAUGGACAUGAAUAUGAAUAUGGGCAUGGACGUUGAUAUGGAAAUUAACGAUGAUGAUUUGCUAGUAAAAGAUUUAGAUACCGAAGGCCACCAGAUCCAUUCAAACAAGACAGAUUCUGACAAGCACUCAGAUCCUUCUAAUAACAUGGAAGCUGAACAAGAUUUUCAAUUUAAUAAUUGGUCAUAG